AUGAAUAUUAUAAAAAUUUUAUUUUUAGUUUUCUUAACUAUUUCAUUUGUUUAUUCAGAAUAUUUUAAAAUGGGAUCAUGUCCUAAAGGUUAUUCAAAUGAAAUACCCCAGGCAUAUCAAUUCACAAUAAUAACAAAAAAAAUUGGAAAUAUUUUUUAUUCAGGACAAAUAACUGGUUUUGGUUGCUCUCAAGAUGUAUAUUUGGGUGGAAAAAUUUAUUCGUCAUAUUAUUUUAAUGAUGGUGCCUAUUCAACAUUUAAUUUAUUUGAUCAAUCAUUCGAAGGAAGAAUGAUUUUUAGCUCAAACAAUAAAAAUUUACAAAGUAUUGAUUUUAUUUCAGCUACUUUUAACCAAAAUGUACCUGCUUCAUCAUUUAAUUUGACUUUUAUAAAUGGUCGUUAUAAUAAUCCUCCUAAAAUAAGUUAA